AAAGCAGGUCCUGCUAGCCCCGCGGCUCCGAACUCGGUGGUCUUGGAGGCUCGGCAGGCUGGGGGAGAAGAUGGCGGAAGAGGAGUUCCCCAAUGCAACGCACGAGGGUUUCAACGUCACCCUGCACAGCACCCUGGGUGUCACGACAAGACUGGUGCUUCCGACCCCCGCCAAGCCCAUCCUCCCCGUGCAGACUGGGGAGCAGGCUCAGCAGGAGGAGCAGUCGAGUGGCAUGACCAUUUUCUUCAGCCUGCUCGUCUUAGCGAUCUGCAUCAUACUGGUGCAUCUUCUCAUCAGGUACAGACUGCAUUUCUUGCCAGAGAGCGUUGCUGUUGUUUCUCUAGGUAUUCUUAUGGGAGCAGUUAUAAAAAUUAUAGAGUUUAAAAAGCUGGCAAAUUGGAAGGAAGAAGAAAUGUUUCGUCCCAAUAUGUUUUUCCUCCUCUUACUGCCACCUAUCAUCUUUGAGUCCGGGUACUCGUUGCACAAGGGUAACUUUUUUCAAAACAUUGGUUCCAUCACUCUGUUUGCUGUUUUUGGGACGGCGAUCUCCGCUUUUGUAGUAGGUGGAGGAAUUUAUUUCCUAGGUCAGGGGUUUUUUUGUGUGUGUGUCUGUGUGUUUGUGUGUUUUAUUUUACAGGCUGAUGUAAUCUCUAAACUCAACAUGACAGACAGUUUUGCCUUUGGCUCCCUCAUAUCUGCGGUCGACCCGGUGGCUACCAUCGCUAUUUUCAAUGCCUUGCAUGUGGACCCUGUGCUCAACAUGCUGGUGUUCGGAGAGAGCAUCCUCAACGACGCCGUCUCCAUUGUCCUGACCAACACAGCUGAAGGUUUAACAAGAAAAAAUAUGUCCGAUGUCAGUGGGUGGCAAACCUUUCUGCAAGCCCUUGGCUACUUCCUCAAAAUGUUCUUCGGCUCUGCGGCGCUGGGCACCCUGACCGGCUUGAUUUCAGCAUUGGUGCUGAAGCAUAUUGACCUGAGGAAGACACCGUCCUUGGAAUUCGGCAUGAUGAUCAUUUUUGCGUACCUGCCAUACGGGCUCGCAGAAGGGAUCUCCCUCUCGGGCAUCAUGGCCAUCCUCUUCUCGGGCAUCGUGAUGUCGCACUACACGCACCACAACCUCUCCCCGGUCACCCAGAUCCUCAUGCAGCAGACCCUGCGGACCGUGGCCUUCCUGUGCGAAACAUGCGUGUUUGCAUUUCUUGGCCUGUCCAUUUUUAGUUUCCCUCACAAGUUUGAAAUUUCCUUUGUCAUCUGGUGCAUAGUGCUUGUGCUGUUCGGCAGAGCUGUGAACAUCUUCCCACUUUCCUAUCUCCUGAAUUUCUUCCGUGAUCACAAAAUCACCCCAAAGAUGAUGUUCAUCAUGUGGUUCAGUGGCCUGCGGGGAGCCAUCCCCUAUGCCUUGAGCCUGCACCUGGACUUGGAGCCCAUGGAGAAGCGGCAGCUCAUCGGCACAACCACCAUCAUCAUUGUGCUCUUCACCAUCCUGCUGCUGGGUGGCAGCACCAUGCCCCUCAUCCGCCUGAUGGACAUCGAGGACGCCAAGGCGCGCCGCAGGAGCAAGAAGGACGUGAACCUCAGCAAGACGGAGAAGAUGGGCAACACCAUCGAGUCGGAGCACUUGUCAGAGCUCACCGAGGAGGAGUAUGAAGCCCACUACAUCAAGCGGCAGGACCUCAAAGGCUUCAUGUGGCUGGAUGCCAAGUACCUGAACCCCUUCUUCACACGGAGGCUGACACAGGAGGACCUCCACCAUGGGCGCAUCCAGAUGAAAACACUCACCAACAAGUGGUACGAGGAGGUGCGCCAGGGCCCCUCGGGCUCCGAGGAUGACGAGCAGGAGCUGCUGUGACGGUGCCAAGGCUGCCCGUGGUACCCACAGUGCCUUCAGAGGCGCAUGCACCAGGCACCCUCUGAGGAGAUGAGAUGGCAAGUGACGUCAGGGCCCUGGAGCCUUCUGAACUUGGACCUUUCUAGGCUUUUGGAGCCAAACAACCUCUUUGGAAACGUGCAUCUUCUGCCCAGGGAGCCAGGCAGAGUGGCUGCCCAUGGUGUGGAAGCCAGGGAAGCAGCUGCCGGCCUGAGAGAGGAGCAGCCUGCUGGGGAGCCUGUUGAGAGCCGUGGCCCAGGAUGGAUGUCGAGGCAAGGCAGGCCUGGCUGAGGUCAGCCGCAGCUGCAGGCCCUUGUCCUGGAGUGAGGGGCAGCUGCUAUUGCCUGGAGUCUUACCGGAGCCUGGGCCUCAGUGGGAGGGCCCAGGAAGGCCUCCUUCUGCCCUCUGGGGGAGCCAUCCUGUACCCCGCAUGCAACCGUGAAGUCCUUCAGGGGAAGGCCAGCCUGUUCUGUAAGGUCUGAGUGCCUGAGAGAGAGAGAGAAACGAGAGGGCAUGGACUAAGCCGGCAGCCAGGGCUGUCCUGAUAUGGUUGGAAUUCAAGCAUUUUAUGAAGCAGGGAGAGCCUGCUCCUCGCUAGUCCCCUUCCUGCAUGGUCCUGCCCGUUCCACUAGACCCCUUUCCUGCUCCAGGUUCCCUGCAGUCUUGUUCCGUUGGUCCCUGUGCUGGGACCCUGGGGGUCAGGCACGUGUGCUCUUGUGUGUGUACAUACACACCUGUAUAUACACACAGCCCCCUGCCAGUCGUGUGCUAGUGAAGUGAGGGCCGCCUACAUCCUCCUGUGCCGUUCCCCGGGCCUCUGACCUUGCCUGCCUGGGCCACUGGAGCCUUGGGAC